AUGGCCAAUUCUAACAGCAACGCAAAUGACCAGGACCGAUUUGUGAGCACAGAUCGGGAUGAUCUGAUGGACACAUUCUCUCAGUUUCUGAUAUUGGACCUGGAGGUGCCUGAUGACACACCUACAAUGCAAACAAGCAGAAUGUUGGCACAAGUCAUCUUUGAAAGCCAACAGAUGCGUUCCCAAGGAGAAAUGGAAACCAUACCUGUACAACCUUCUUGGCUCAUGGAUUCAUCAGUUGCAAUGGUGAGUUAUUCAAAUUUUUAUUUUACUCUUAAGUACAGGCAAUGUACAAAAUUGACCUCUGAGUUUAGAAUAUUGAGCUUAACAGUUUUCUGAAACUGCUCAAACUGCAGCUGUAAUAACAAGGCAGAUUGAUUUUGAUUACA